AUGGGUAACAAGUGCUGCAGCCGCCGUCACGACCCCGACAGACCCUUAGUAUAUCCAGCAUACAAGAAGAACGAAGCGGGAUUCACAACAUGUCCGUCAUUAGAGACGCGGUAUACAGGCGAGCCGAACAACCGAGCGGUGUCUCGCAGACCUGCAGAUAUUGUGCGCACACGCAACCCUGGAGCAUGUAUAUCAAACGGAGGUCGGCGUGUAGUGAAAGCACUAUGCGCAUACACCGCAAGAGCAGAGUCCGAUAUAUCGUUUCGGAAAGGAGAUCGUAUGGAGGUUCUAAGCGAUGCAGAGACUGAUUGGUGGAGAGUCCUCCAUCUAACUACGCGGAGAGAGGGUUUGGUGCCAGCCAACUUUGUGGCAGAGGAGAGUUCGGUGGAAUGUGAAGACUGGUUCUUCCCUCACGUGUCAAGGAAAGAAGCUGACAAAUUACUCUUAGCGGAGAUCAAUCCCAGAGGAACUUUCCUAGUUAGACCGGCAGAACACAACCCACAUGGUUUCAGUCUUAGUGUCAAGGACUGGGAAGAAGGAAGAGGAUACCAUGUAAAGCAUUACAAAAUAAAACCCUUAGAUAAUGGAGGUUUUUAUAUUGCAACGAAUCAAACGUUCCCGAGUCUACCGGCAUUAGUCAUGUCGUAUACGAAGAACGCAUUAGGCCUUUGCCACGUGCUCGCGAGGCCGUGUCCGAAACCCGAGCCCCAGAUGUGGGACUUAGGUCCUGAACUGCGAGAUAAAUGGGAGAUACCAAGAAGUCAAAUACAACUGAUAAAGAAGCUGGGUCAGGGGAACUUUGGCGAAGUGUAUUAUGGCAAAUGGUGUAAUAAUAUUGAGGUCGCCGUGAAAACAUUGAGGGAAGGCACAAUGUCCAAACAGGCCUUCCUCCAAGAGGCAGCCAUCAUGAAGAAAUUUCGCCACAAACGGCUUGUAGCACUCUACGCCGUUUGUUCCACACAGGAACCAGUCUACAUCGUACAAGAAUACAUGUGCAAAGGCUCCUUACUAGAAUUCCUAAGGAACGGCGAAGGGAAAGCCCUACAUUUCGAAGAUCUAAUCUAUAUUGCGGCUCAAAUCGCAUCAGGAAUGGAAUAUCUCGAAUCCAAACUCCUAAUUCACAGAGAUUUAGCCGCGCGUAAUGUACUUAUAGGAGAGAAUAAUGUCGCCAAAAUAUGCGAUUUUGGUUUAGCGAGAGUGAUUGAAGAUAAUGAAUACUGUCCAAAACAAGGUUCACGGUUCCCUGUAAAAUGGACGGCACCAGAGGCCAUUAUAUAUGGUCGAUUCUCAAUCAAAAGCGACGUGUGGUCCUAUGGGAUAUUACUAAUGGAACUAUUCACAUACGGACAGAUACCAUAUCCAGGAUUGCACGGCAAAGAAGUGAUAGAACAAGUGGAAAGAGGUUACAGAAUGCCGAAACCUGUCGGCCAUUAUCUACCAGACGAUAUAUAUAGGUUAAUGCUUCAGUGUUGGGACGCAAUACCAGAAAAGCGGCCGACGUUUGAAUUCCUCAAUCACUACUUCGAGUCGUUCACAGUAACCAGUGAAAUACCGUAUAGAGAAGUGCAAGAU